GUUCUUUUGUCUAAUUUGGCUGGCUGUACUCGGAAGAUGUUUGGCACAAACUGAGCUGUCCCUCAUUAACCCGGGUGACUGAAAUGAUCUACAAUGAUAAGCCUGUCCGCACGGUGAAGUGAUCGGGCUCUACUCAGUACACUGAAGGCAGGGAGGAGUCGUCCAAUCUGCAACAGUCAUGGUGGUGGAGGGGGACAGGGCCCUGCUCGCCGCCAGACAAGGGGACUUGCAAACUCUCAGAGCUCAACUAGCGGUAAACUUGCUAACCAGCGACAUCAAGGACGUGAUGGGGGCUUCCCCGGUCCACCAUGCAGCCCGGGCCGGGAAACUAAUAUGCUUACGUUUCCUGGUGGAAGAGGCAGGAUUGCUGGGGAACUGUCUGGCUAACAACGGAGCAAGCCCCGCUCAUGACGCGGCAGCUACCGGCAACCUGGUCUGCCUGCAGUGGCUGCUGACCCAGGGCGGAUGUCGGCCAGAGCAAAGGGACAAUUCUGGGGCCAACAUUCUUCACCUUGCAUCCCGCUUCAGCCACCAUGAGAUCACUGAUUGGCUUCUUAAGAGUGGUGAGGUGGACCCCGGGAUCCCCACAGAUACAGGCGCUCUACCUAUUCACUAUGCUGCUGCCAAGGGAGACCUGCCCUCUCUGCGACUGUUAUUGGGACACAGCCCAAAUGCUGUAAAUGCCCAAACCAAGAAUGGUGCCACACCACUCUACCUGGCUUGCCAGGAGGGUCAUCUGGAGGUCAUCCAAUACCUGGUCAAGGAUUGUGGGGCAGAUCCAAGCAUCAGAGCCAAUGAUGGGAUGACCCCCCUGCAUGCUGCUGCCCAGAUGGGCCACAACACAGUCAUCGUCUGGCUGAUGAGUUUCACAGACAUCAGUCUGACAGACAGGGAUGGUGAUGGGGCCAUGGCCAUGCACUUUGCAGCCAGUCGUGGACAUUCUAAGGUGCUUAGCUGGCUUCUGCUGCAUGGUGGGGAAAUUGUCACUGACAACUGGGGAGGAACACCUCUUCACGACGCUGCAGAGAAUGGGGAACUGGAGUGUUGUCAAAUUCUUGUGGUCAAUGGGGUGGAUCUGGGCAUCAGGGAUCAGGAUGGUUUCACAGCAGCAGACCUGGCUGAAUACAACGGCCACUCUCAGUGUGCCAAGUACCUGCGCACUGUAGAAAACAUGAGUGUGGAGCACCGUGUUUUGUCUCGGGACCCAUCAACAGAUCUUGAAUACAAGCAACCAGACUCAGGCCUCUCUUCCCCAAACACCACCAUGCCCCCGACCAGCCAGACGGCACACUUUGACAUCAGCUCGCCAUCCAGCUCCCUGUCAAACUAUGACUCAGCCAACUCCAGCCAAUCCAGCACUGGGGAGAAAAGAAGCAGCCCAACAACAUCACGAGGCCCACCAGUCAAGCUGAAUGCAGUUGCACAUGCAGGUGCAUCUGAAUCUGCCAUUUCAGACAUGCAGGCAUAUAUGGACAUGCUUAACCCAGACAUUGGCUCUGACACACAUAAGAAGAAUGAGAUACCUGCAAAUGCCUCCAAACCCCCACCACCCCCCACAUAUCCACCCCCACCUCCCCCACAGUCUCCCCCAGCACCACCCCCACCCCCAAGCUAUCCAGCGCCACAGCCCCCCAAAGAACCAUCAUCAGCAGAGUUUUUGAAGGUGAAAAGCAACUUACGGCAUGUGGAAAGCAAGACAGGCAAGAGGGAGCUGACACCUGGAGAAGGCCAUGAAAAACUGAGGCGUGUGGAUUCAAACAGAAAGUCAAGGAGCUUCAGCAAGCAGCCCAGCACUGGGGACUACUACAAGAACCUGGGCAGUGACGCAACAGAACCCCAAGUGUACAAAGGCAUGGCGCCCAAUGAGGAGGGCUCUGUGUUAUUGGAAGAACCCAACGACAGCUCCACCCAUAACUCUGAGAAUGGUGCCACAGAGGAAUCUGUUGGGCCCCCACCUCCUCCACCUCCACCCCCUCUACCUCCUAGCAAUCCAACGGCAACACCCCCUCCACCUCCUCCGUUGCCCCCAGAGAUGCCACCCAGCCAGAACCACUCUUCCAGAUGCAACUCUAUCAACCAGCGACGCCCAUCUUCUUCAUCAGGAAGCAGGGAAAUGUCUGCCUCUCAGGCAGAGGGAGGGGCACCAAGACAAAUGAAAAGCACAAAAUCUUUCAACAUGAUGUCCCCCACCGGAGACAACUCAGAGCUGUUGGCAGAGAUCAAAGCAGGGAAGAGCCUCAAGCCCACACCUCACAGUAAAGGCUACACCACUGUGUUUUCAAGCACUGGACCCACAGGCAAUAAUGGCAACACCAUUUCUCCACCAGAGACCCGCACAUGUAGUCCACCACCCAAACCGUCAUCCCCCCCACUGUCCAAUAAGUCUGUCAGCCCCCCACCCAUUACCCCUAGUCCCAGCCCAAGUCCAACCAACUCUGGAUCUGCCAGGACCAUGUCAACCUCUGCAAGCUAUGAGCAACUGUCCUCCAACUCAGCAAUUAAUGGUAAUAGUGGUGGUGGCAUAGCUGGAGCAGAGUCAGGGCGGAAGACAAGCAUUGCAGAUGUGGAGGCACUGGUUCCCACUCAUGACGAACAGGGGAAAGCAAUUCCUGAAUGGAAGAGGCAGGUGAUGGUACGAAAGCUUCAGGUCAAGAUGCAAGAAGAAGAAGAGCACAAACGCAAGGCGGAGGAAGAGGCUGCACGCCUGGCAUCAAUGCCAGCCUGGAGAAGAGACAUGAUGAAGAAGAAAAUGGAUGAAGAGAGGGAACAAAAAAGAAAAGCAGAGCAGCAAGCCAAACAGGCAAAAGAGAUGGAGGAGAAGACAGAGCUGGAGCGACUACGGACCCUGGGUUAUGACGAGACCAAGUUGGCUCCCUGGCAGCGACAAAUCAUUCUGAAGAAAGGGGAUAUAGCCAAACAUUGACCUGGGCCAUCUCCCCCUCCUCUGGCCCACAGCACUCCCAACGUUCGCCAACUCCAAGGCCUUUACAGAACAUCAAGCCCUCCCUGCUCCUCCACCCUGUACUCUAUACGGGACAGUGGGUUAGAGUUUUCCUUCCCUAAACCCUGUCUCACUGUCUACUCUUCAGAAACACAGGACCAUACUUUGGUCCCUUUUGUCUAUACCAGCUUUGAAACCCUUAUAUUGAGAGGGAAUAGGCUCUUUGUCCUGUGUUAACAGUACCCGUAAUAUGCACUGGUUGAACUUGUUCAAGUCACUUGCAUGCAUUAGCCUAAUAAAUAGAGCUUAUCUCAAGUAUCUAUGUUGUUACUUCCUGCAAAUCAAUAGAAGCUUCUUUACAUAGAAGAUGUAAUCAGAGAAGUUUGAAACGGUGUGAAGGGGCCA